UGAAGUGUUGUUUUUUAAUGGUGUAAGAUAUUUUGAAUUAAACAAAUAUUAUGUAAUGCAUAAUAAUUAUCUAAGGCCUAAUUUCUGUCCAUCCUAUAAUCAAUAAUUUAUUUUCCUUUUAAUAAGGAAACAGUUAUUUAACAGAUUAUUUCCCAUCGGCCUGAAUAUGUACGUUUUUGAAAUCUAGUUCAAAAGGUGAUCUAAUAAAAGAUGCAGAGUUGACAUAACGUUGUUGGUGUGAUAAUGAAACUGAAAGUGGACAUGUAUGCGUUUUCGUCUAUGUUGCUCUUGCUGUUGCGGAUAUCAAGUGCUGGUCGAGUGCAGGCUGCUGUCAGUUUUCUAUCAAAUGCAUCAUAUCAAGAAAUGGAGUUUAAAGGGGAAACCAGUCUCUCUCUUCGUGACAUAUUACCCGUUAAAGCCAAGUAUUACGACAAGAACAGGGCUCCAAAGUCCCUCGGCGAGCCUACUAUUGUCUAUUUCCAUGUCACUGUAUUGUCUUUGGAUUCUAUCAAUGAAGAGAGUAUGACAUACGUAGCAGACAUAUUCCUGGCGCAGUCCUGGCGGGAUCCACGGCUACGACUCCCUGAGAACAUGCACGAGGAGUAUAGAAUCCUAGAUGUUGAGUGGCUGAACAAUAUCUGGCGGCCAGACUGCUUCUUCAAGAAUGCGAAAAAAGUCACUUUCCACGAAAUGAGCAUCCCGAAUCAUUAUCUGUGGCUGUAUCAUGACAAGACUCUCCUGUAUAUGGCUAAGAGUCAUAUUGGCUUCAAGUCGACACAAAACACGCAAUCACAACAAAACUUACCUCCGGUCUCAUAUGUCAAGGCCAUAGAUGUGUGGAUGUCUUCCUGCUCGGUUUUCGUCUUUUUGUCGCUUUUCGAGUUCGCUGUGGUCAACAAUUAUAUGGGUCCAGUAGCGACAAAGGUCAUGAAGGGGUAUUCUGAUGAAGAUCUUUCGAGAGAUUUGGAUGCGUUCAAGCACAUUUUCCCGAAUUCAGUGGAUCCUCGCGCCAGUACGUCGGCCUCGCUCCCGCAAUACGACACAUUCUGCAACGGGAGAGAGACGGCUAUAUACAUCGAUCGCUUCUCCCGAUUCUUCUUUCCGUUCUCCUUCUUCAUUCUCAAUGUGGUUUAUUGGUCGACGUUCUUGUAGUUUCUCAUAAAUAUUUGAAUAUAUUGUUGCAGCUUAAAAACCUCUAACCCUGUAAAUUAGUAUGAAAAAUAAUGAUGAAUAUUUAUUGUACAUGAUCCGGUGAAGUUCGUAAUACCUAUAUAUAUUUGUUUCAAAACUUAAUAAAAAAAAAUUCAACUGACCAAAGAGAUCCGGACCUCAUACUACAGCUACCUAACACACAUUUCCGAAUGCAUCUUUGACAACUAAGUGACAUUUUUUUUAUUUCUAAAAGACAUCAAAUCUUUCCUAGCUAUAAAAAGUUUUUAUUUGUAAAUUCAAUCGUUUUUAAUUAUUAUUUGUUAUCCAUCGUUAAAUCAUUCCUUGAACUUCCACAAUUUUUUCAGAGCAUAGUUGGCCUGCUCCGUUAGCCAUUUCGAGUUUUAGCGAGAUAAAUGAACAGCAAUAUAUAUAUAUAUAUAUGUAUUUAUAUGUAAGGAAAUUAAUUUCUCUUCUCAAUUAUUGGUGUGGGAGAAAACAGUUCAACAUGACCCCAUAUUAUCGCCACCCCAUCCAACAGUUCAAGGUCCCAUCUUGACAAUCAGCUGUACGCCUGUAUGAUAGCUGUUCUAGAAUGUAUUACUUAUAAAUAUCUUUGAUUCUACAACGAACUUGCCAAAGCAUUAAUCACUAAUAUUAAGUUACUUUUGUGUUUAAUAUUUAUUGAUGAUGAAGUCAAUUUCAACAGCUCGAACAAUUUCUGUUUACUUUGUAACGACAUCUACAAUCUGCGCCUACCAAUCCCUUCAAUGGCGUCAUACGUUAACUGACAAGACACAACUUCGCGACCUUAGACACGUAGAAUUAAAUUAAGAGCAAAAAUUCUUCACUGGCGAGGAAUCUUUUGUUCUUUUCUCACUCCAGUGAUAAUCCAAGUCCCAGUCUCGCAGGAGACGCCCUUAUGCUUUAAAAUCAAGUCAAUCAAGGCAAAAUGUCAUAAUAUCAAAAUAGAUGCAGUUGUUAGUCUGAUCGAGUAUCCUUCCUUUAGAUGUGAGCAAGAUUCCUUCCUCCAGUUUCAAUAUACGAUGAUGAAGCGCUUCAUAUGUCCUUACCUUUUGUAAAUGUUUACUUUACUGAAUUUUUUACAAGGUUUUUUUAGUUUUCCAUGAAAAGCCUUAUUGUAAAACUAAUUUAGAAUAACUUGUUGUGUACUGCCAAUACCUUUUUUACUAGCUUGUCACAAUCAUUAUUGUGUUUGUUAAUUAACUGUAAAUUUUAAUUAUUACGUCACUAGAAAUACGUGUUUAUGAUAUUUCAGUUUUUAAGAUUGUAAUCGACUGCUGCUUAUAAACGACAUGCAUGCCAACUGCAACCCUUAUUAUUAAACUGAUUCAGUCUAACUGCUUUAACUAAAGUAUUAUUCUCUUUAAGUCAUAGUGUAAAUGUGAUUUAAAAUUUGGGUAAAACUUAUUUAGUUUAUGAACAAGUCGUAUUAACACUUUUAAUUCCUAAAAGUGAAAAUGCUUUAAUUGUAAAUUAUAAUAUGUAUUGUAUUGUUGACCAGAGCAGUGUUGGCCUAGUGGCUUGCGUGCGACUCUCAUCCCUGAGGUCUUAGGUUCGAACCCAGGCUGUGCACCAAUGGACUUUCGAUGUGCACAUUUAACACUCGUACCGUGAACCUUGUGAGGGAUUCGGCACAGAAGAUCACCUACUUGCCUAUCAGAAAUGAUCAUGGACACAGAAAUUUGAGGCCCAGACUUAUAACGUUGUAGCGCAAUUGGUAUAUAUUAUAUUGUUGACUACAAUUUAUCGCAAGACCGAAUGUGAAAACGUAUAAUGUCAAAGACUGGUAAACAUUUUAGGUACCUAUGUACCAUAUUUAAAAGAGAUUGCUUACGUAUAUUGGUACAAAUUUGAUGUGUUGUACGUGGGUGUCGCCUUUCACUUGUUUCUAUUUAUUAAUUAGAUUAUUAGGAGCAUUAAAUUCCGUAGUGCAACAAAAACAUUUGUAUGGGCGUAGUUAAAUGUUUGAUAUAUCAUUAGUAGCAUUAACACCUGAUUGUAUUAUAAUAUGUAGUUAAGAAACGUCUUGUUA